CAGGCAAGGACAUGGCGGCAAAAAUGCACUCGGAUGUGAGUCGAAAGUGGCAAACUCGUUUGCCUAAACACCCAGUUUUCCGAGAGCUCUCUGCAAGGGUUGGUGAAGGAAAUUCAAGAGAAAGAGAGGAAUCGCCGGAAAGGAUAUCAAAAAACAUUUUAAUAGAAAAUGAUGGUGAAAUAUUUUUAUGGAAUUCCUCGAACACUCGUGUACUGACAGCUAAUCUGAAAAACUUACAUUUUGAAAAAGAACGGCCUGCUAAGUUCCAAGUAAGUUGAUAAAUCUCUAUGAUUCUAUAGGGUUGACUGACUGAUUAGCUAAUUGAAUUACCGAGUGACUGUUAAUUAACUGAGUGAACUAGUGACAGACAGUGGGUUACUGACUUACUAAUUGGAUCGAACGAUUGAUAGUUUUACUGGUUGCUGGGAUGAUUGAGUGAUGGGUGGAAAGAUUGACUGAAAGUCCAAUUGAUUUUUGGAGAGAUUGAUUGAUAGAUUGACUGAUAGUUUGAUUGGUUAGUAGAGUGAUUGAUAGACAGAAUUAUUGACUAAUUGAAUAAUUAAGUAGUUGGACUGCAAGACUGAUCAAUUGCCAGAUUUAACCUCUGAUUGAUUCUUUCAUCAAUUAAUUGAUAGUAUCAUUGACUGAUAAAAUGGUUAACUGAUUUUUCUCCUUCAACCCUUUUGACAUGAUCUAUGAACAUGUAUUAUGACUUAAAGAACUUUACUGGUAAGGUCAGAACAAAAUCACCCCAAUUAAAAAAAAAUUCCACAAAUGCAUAUGGUUUUUUGAUGAAAGGAGACAAUGGCAAAAACAAUGGAUAAGCUUUGGGACUGGGGUUUUGUUAAGAAUAGAAUAGAGUGGUAUAUACUGAAACCUGUCCAAAUGUUCCCAUACUAGACCCAUUACACCCUAACAUCAGUAUACAUGUAUAUUCUCCACACUUUCCUUUACUCAUUUUUGUGGUAUUUACAAGGAGAAAUUGUCAGAUAAUCAAUAACUUUAUUAGGUAGUGAUCAUUUUCAUUAUUCUCAUGACCUUAGUGAUUCAGAGUUGAUUUCACAAGGAGAAAUAAGAUGACAGUCACUCUCAGGUGUUAAAAGGUUAUAAAUGUAAAAUCUCUGUUUAAAUUUUGUCCACAGUCUUUUGUAUGCACUGAGGCUCCUUUAUUUGAUGUGCAUUCCAUGCUGUUCAGUGCUUCGUCAAAGUACCUUUUGCUUGUAGGACAAAGAGGAAUAAUGGUUCUUGAGAUGCCAAUGAGAUGGGGAAAGUUUGCUGCAUAUGAUGGUGGCAGUGAAUCAGUUCUCUGCAGGUACACUGUUUUAGCUGUGAAUCUCUGAAUUUGCUGACCACAUAACCAUUUAGGUCCAAUAUGUGAACAGCUGAUGAGAAUAGACCAACUCAUCAGCUACAUGGUAGAGGGAGCUGACUUGAUUUAAAACCUAAUUUUCUUGACUAAUUUACAAUAAAAACUAAAGAUAGUUAGAAGAGAGAAUUGUCAAUCUGAUCAUGGGAGUGAAAGGUUAAAGUGAAAUUUAUUAUUUUACCCAGAGUGUUCCAUUGCUUCAUUCAGUUGUGCUUAUAAAUAAAUGGAAUGGUUAUAUGGUUAUUAUUUUUUUUUUUUCAAUGCUUUCAGCCUCCAGACAUGCUAUCUUUAAUUUACCUGUUCAUAAAUGAUUUGUUUCAGGACAAUUCCUAUUGAUUCAAGAUUCUUUGUUACAAAUCACAAGUUAAAGGUCCUUGAUGUCAAAUGGCAUCCAGGAAGCCAAACUGAUACUCAUCUUAUGGUGCUUACAUCAGACAAUAACUUGAGGUAUUCUGUGGUUUUAGUUAUUGCUUUACACCUAGCAUCAGUAUGCAUAUUCUCCAUACUGUUCUCAGUAAAUUUCUAAAGGUGCUGACAAGGAGAAUUGCUUAACAAUCAAGAGGCUCUUUAGUUGGUGAUCAUUUUCUUUAUUCUCGUGUCCUAAGUGUGUGAUUCAGGGGUGAUAUUGUUGGGAAUAAUUAGGUGCUAAUCAUUCUUUGGGGUCAACGCAUUAUUGAAAAUCAAAUUUUUGUCGAUAAAAACUUGAUAAAUGAACCUCCUUAUGGAGGCAGCCUGAGCAGUGGUGUAGUUUAUUUUCCUUUUGUCAAUUUGUUUUUAUUUCAUCAUCAAUUUGGUUUAUCUUCCUUUUUACAAUCUGUUGUCUUUGACAGACUUUACAACAUCCUCAAGCCAUCUUCGCCGGAAGAAACCAUUUCCUUAGGGGAGUCCUCUUCCCUGACGGCUGAAUACAGUCAGAAGUCAAUAUCUAUUGGAUCUUCAUUGACAUUUGCAGCUGCUCUUGGAGAGAAAGCAAUUGCAUUUGAUUUUGCACCAGCUGUUAGAGAUACCAACCCAAAAGCAAGACUAAGCUCCAGUGAUUCUGAACCAGAUGUUGCUUACCCUGUUUUCAUUUUGAGAGAAAAUGGAGACAUCUUUUAUCUUCUUCACAGAAUCUCUCAGAUCCGGUACAUAACCCUUUACUUUUCAAUAGUAACCAGAACUAUAUCAGUAGUUUUAUACUUAUAAGUCUUGGUAAUGCUGACCUCAAAUUUCAGCAGUGAUACUUCACACAAAUAGUCCUUAGAAAGAGAACAAAAUUUGCUUCUGAAAUUGCUGCACAAAAUAUUACUUCAUUUAUAUGUAAUUCUCUUUCAGUGACCUACAUGUAUGUGUCAAUGUAUUUUUGUAUUGGAUCCUUCACUAGAAUAGAAUAGUUUGCUUUUUCUUCUCCAUACUAACCCACCUACUAUUGAGGUGGUGUUACUUUUGAUGUUAUCUUUACUUUAAAUGUGUUGAUUUACUUGUGCUGUAAUCUGUACUUUUACGUAUUAUUUUGAGCUGAUUUACAUGCAACUUAUACUAUUGUGUUUUAAGUACCAGUAGGGUAUGAUAUCUGAUUUCCUCCAUUUUAACAGGCAUCAACCAAAAGUUUAUGGUCCUGUUACAAUGUUCCCUGCAGCAGAUGAUAAUUAUGGUCAGGAUUCUUGCUCUUUACUGUGUCUUCAGUGUCAACCCCCUGUUAUUGCCAUGGCAACAGCAAGUGGAAAAAUUUAUCACUGUAUUGCUUUGGAAUCUGAAGAAUCUGAUGAUGCAGAGGAGGUAUUUUUUGUUCCUCUACAUUUCUCAAUAAAAACCCUGUGUUUCAACGUUAUUAAUUGUUUUUUAACUAGUUAUUUACUAGGUAGCCAUGGUAACUUUAUCGUAACUUUAAUGAGAUGAUGAUACAAGCAUCAAGUUGUAUGUCAAAGGUGUUAAAAAGCUGAUGUAUUUUCAGGAAGAAGUCUCCUGGAGCAGACAUGAACAGACUCAAACCAAUAGCUUUCACGGAAAGCUUUCACUCUUGGUUCAUGAAUGUGUUGAACUCCAGCUGUCUUUACUGGAUGAUGGAACAGGAUCCCAAUUUGAUAGGAGCUCUUCAGAAGAGGAGUCUGAUGAAAAUGAAAACUUGUUCAUUUUGAGACUCCAGCGAGGUACCAGCCUGUGAAUUUUUUAUAGCAGGGAAUACCAUGCUUUAUGGGAUCUUCUUUAAUAACAAAUAGCAAACAAGAUGUAGGAAGGCAGUGUGGCCAAGUGGUUAGGGCACUGGUUUGUAAUCUGGUGGUCCCAGGUUCAAGCCUUCUACCCUGAUACUCACUGAUUGGUUCUCAGUUGCCCCAAGUUGAACUCCCUGGCUGCACUUCAUAUUUAGCUAACCAAUCUGCCUUCUGCCAGUUGGAAUUUUUAGACACUAUGUUUAUUCAUUCAUUUACUUUUUCAUAUUCGCCCUGAACAACCCCAUUGGGGAAGUGGUCAAUUAAGUGUAUAUUCAAGUAUACAGACAUCUUUCACUGAAACCAUAAUAAUAUAAUCAACUUUUUUAGUUAGUAAUGAUGGAACCUGCUAUGAAUUUACUCAGGAAACUGAAAAACUUCAGUAGGUAAUCUAGAGUUUGUACUUGUCUUGAAAAUCCUUGAAAUUGUUAAAAUUUCUAGCAUCAUUUUCUAAGCCUGGAAAGCUGAGGAAUUUGAGUGUGGACCAUAGAAAGUCAUGGAAUGUUUUUAGUUGAAAAGAGUGUAGACACUGUAGUCUUUUGAAGGUAAAUAUUGUAUUAUAAAGUUGUUGAAGUGGCUCCAAGUCUCAAAAUUUGUUUCCCUUCAGAUCCAGUGUCUCCUUAUCUGUAUCACUGUUCUCAUAUUGCUGGAGUACACACUGUUUCAUUGCCUUGGACCAAGAAACUACAGAGUUUUUGUGUGCAAGGUAAAUUUGGGCAGAUGGAAAACUAGUUUGCAGAGUGUUAAUAAGCAUUUCAAAAUCAAGCAGUGUAUGUACAAAACAUCAUUGAAAAUACUCUUUAUAUGUGGAACAGCAUCUAAAAUAUAUUUUCUCUGUGACAUGAAGAGCUCUAAGAUAUAGGAAAAAUGUCUAUGAUAUGUGCCUACCAUAUAGAGAUAGUGGCAUGUGGGGAUUUUCAGAUUUUUCUUAACCCUUUAAGUCCCACUAGUGACCAAGACAGAAUUUCUCCUUACACUAUCAAUAUGAUAUCAAGCAGACAAGUAAUGAGAGUGAAGAAAAAUAUCAAUUAGGGGAUUAUUGGUUGAUCCAAUACCAAAUUCUCCAAAUUAGAAUCAUAUGAAUUGUAUGGCAGACAGUAAGGAGAAUUACUAAUGAGAUCUUGGGAGUUAAAGGGUUAAUGUAAAAAGGUAAAUUAUUAGUUAAUUGAAGCAUUUUUUCCCAAAUUUUGACUCUUUUCCAGAUGAUAAGAGUUACUUUGACAUUGAUGAAGCAGCCACUGUUUAUCACAUGAUAUGUACAUCACCAACAGCAAGGUAUGUAAGGAUUUGGUGAUAAAUAAUCAUGCUCAGGAUUUUUCAUGGUGGCUGUAUUAAUUAAGGCAAGUUGAGAAUGCUUAUUUUGAUUUAUGAGUUUAUUAUGUAAACUUAUUGUGUUUUUUUUGCACACGUUGUUUCAGUGCACUAUCUCCAGUGCUUGGUGUUGGUGUGAUAAAUAGCAAAAUCCUUGGUUCUGCAAUACUAUGUUUGACCUCAAAGAUGGAAUGUAUUGUUCAACCUUUGAAGUAAGAAUUAUUGACAUAUAUCUCUGUUUACUGUGAAUCAAUUAUAAAGUGCAUUGGUGAUCAAAAAUAUUUCACAAAUUACCCCUUAAAUGCAGUAGAUAAAAUUACUUGUGAAAAGUUUUAGAAAAUUUACAGUCAUGUUCUUGUCAAUGUCAGCUUUACAAACUGGUUUAUUCUUUCAGUUUCUUUUGUAUUAAAAAUAGUUUGGUCUUUGUAUUUCCUAUUUAGUUUGUUAGAUAGACCAUUUUCCCCUCCAACAACAGAUGCAGACCUAGAAACCAGCCAUGAAAGGUUGGUUUGUCAGUUUUAUGUAAAGAUUAAAAGUUUCCUCAAUAUUUCCUCUCUUCAAAUUAGACAUUUCUGGGGACCUAAGAUCAUGGAACAUUGUUAUUUAUUAACCCUUUAACCCCAGAGUGAUAAGCUCACAAUUUCUCCCAACAGUAUCACCCCUGAAUUAAACAUUAAGGUCAAGAGAAUAAAGAAAAUGACCACAAGGUCAAAAAGCUCUCGAUUAUUAUGCAAAUUAUCCUUAUCAGUACCAUAGGAAACAUGUAAAGAACAGUAUGGAGAACUUAUAAACUGAUGUUAGGAUGUGAUAUCUUACUCAUGGGCUUCUUCCUAACAUGUUAUUUACAGUGCUGGGCCUUCACCAAUAAGGCUACUGAAUGUUGGAUUAUUCAAAAGCCAGAUUGAGAAAAUUCUAUUAAGAAACACAUCAACUCCAUUGUUACAGUGAGUGCAUAACUAUGCUAUGAAAAUAUAUACAAAAAUUAGACAUUUAAUUGAUAACUAACAAUUAAUCUAUGAACCCUUUAACCCCUUACAGUGACUUGAAUCUGAUUUCUCCUUGAACAAACUUUAAGGCCAUGAGAAUGAAGGAGAUGAUCACCAACUAAAGAUGCUCUUGAUUUUUUUAAAAAAUUUUCCUUGUCAGCAGUUUAGGAAAUGUUUAGAGAUUUUGGAGAAUAUGUAUACUGAUGUUAAGGUGUAAAGGGUAAAUAAGCAACUCAGGUUUUAAAAUUAUGAUGGCCCUCUCCACCCCUUAAAUAAGCGUAGUGUUAGAGAGGAAUUCUCAGAAGUUUUUCUUGCUCAUGUUUGUUUUGUUUUUCCUCUUUGUUUUGUUUUUUAUCUUAACUGAUAUAAAAUGGCAUUAAUCUUACAGGGGUGGUGAAGAAUCUGAAAAAAUCUCACAGCAAGACCUUUAUCAGCUGCUUACACAAGCACAAGAAAUACUAAGAAAACAGUACAUUCAAAAACAAAAUGAAGCUAGGGAAGAGAUAGAAAAAAGGUAAACAUUGUGCAUCACAAGUACUAAUAAUGUACAGUAAUUAAAGAAAUUGGUAAGUGCUCCAAUUUAAGGCCAAUUUUGCUGUUAGACUAGUCCAGUGAUUACAAGAGUUGUGGUGAGAGGUAUUUAGUAUCCAGAAAGGAAGAUAAUCUUGAGGACAAUUUUGGCUGUUAACCCUUAAACUCCUUAAAGUGACUUGGAUCUAAGCUCUCCUUACAACAUCACUGCUGGAUCAAAUAUUAAGGUCAGGAGAAUUAGGAAAAAUGAUCGGAAACUAAAGCAGCUUGUGAUUGUGAAACAAAUUCUCCUUGUCAGUAUCAUAGGAAAUGUAUCAGGAACAGUAUGGAGAAUAUAAAUUGAUGUUAAGGUGUAAAUGGUUAAAUGAGACAAACAAGAAUAUCACUUGGAAGACUGUAAUCUCAAUUAUUGGCAACACUGCAGAAAUCUGAAAUGAUAUGCAGGAUAUAAAUCAUAGGGAGAAAGGGAGAAAGCUAUCCAGAAGAAAAUCAUAAUUUUACUGACAGCCAUUUAUUAAGUACUUAAAAUGAAAAAAAUAUUUUUUCUAGGAUCUCAAUCCUAAAAGAUCAGAAAGCACAGCAGACCCAAGAUUUGAAAAAAAUUAAAGAUGUCAGCAGCUACCUCAGAGACCAGGCUGAGAAACUGGCAGAAAGACUGGUGGAUACUUCAGAUAAACAUAUGCAACUUGUCCAAAGGUAAUAUCGCAUUUGAUGAUAGGCUAAUGUAUAAUCUACCUUCUUUUGUAAGAAACAUUCUCUAACCAGACACACAAUAACACCUCAGGCAAAGAAAAAUCCUAUUUUUAACCUCCCAAAUAGGAUACCUCUUUUCUUUGGACACUUUUGGUAGCCCCAAGGCUUUCUGCUAAGAUCCAACUGCACCAUGUACCGGUACUGUUUGUUUGAAGUGCUGUAAUCAAUUAGUUUCAUGGUGUUGAAACUAUCUGUCAUUAGAAUUUUCAUAGGUUGAAGUAACCUCAAAAUUCCCUUCCAAAUCACCUAUUUCUAAUAAGAAAGUUAAAUGAACAUGGGUUGCUAUCUGAUUUCAAUGAUUUUGUGCUCAACAGUUAUCAUGCCUAGUGUAAGAACUAUCAUAUUGCUUGCAGACUGGAAGCUCUCUACCACUAUGCUCACCAUGGUAUUCCAGUUCUCUCCUGUGCUGAGACUAAAAUGAAAGAAGAGUUAGAGGACAUUGAAAACUUUUUGAGGUUUCACAAGGACUCUUUACAACAGGUAAGACUGUUUCAAGCUGAAUUCAUACUUCAUUGAUUGUCCAAUAAAUUCUCACAGUUUGUCAGUGUGCCAAAAUUGGCAAUAUAAACUAUGAAACGUGAGCCAUGUUGGUGUACCAAGUCAGUCCAGUUGAUUUGAACACUUCUCCUAAAAUAACACCAAACACUUUCUUUUGUUCUAAUAAAUGUCUGAAGUGCUAUCAAAUUCAGAAACGUUCCAUUUUUAAUUCAAGAAGAAGUACUUCAGAAGCAUGUUAUUUCUAUUAUCAUAACUUCAUACAAUUUACACAAAUUAAUUUUGUUGGGGUACAGAGGGAGGGGAGGGGAGUGGGAGUGGUGGGUUGGGGAAGAGCAAAGAUUCUUCAAAGCAUUUUGCAUUGAUCACAAAGUUUGUUUCUUAAUUUGAUUCACAAUUAUUAAUUAUAUACUGAACAUAAGGAAGAUUCCAUCUGUCUUCUGCUUUGACAGUAAAUACCUUAAAGUCAAAUGUUUUUGGUUGCAGAUUAGAUUGAAACAUUUCUACUCCAAGAGAAGUCCAAGAAGGUCAUCAUCUUCAAAGUCACCAUUUGUUAAUGCAUCACAGCAGAGUAACAUUAGGAAAGUGCUAACUGAAGAGUGAGUACACUGCCAGUUAAAAUUAAUCAUAAAUCCCUUCCAUUGUACAUGUAUAUCAUUAUAUAAAUAGGAGCAUUAGAAAUUUGGCCAUGUUUCAAAAUUGUUUCCUGUUUGACUCAGCUGUUCCUCAAACCUGCACUGCUUCCUUAUUCAAGAUCCUUUGUUCUUCCUGCAUCUGAAUGCUUAGCAUAUUAACACCUCAACCCGCCACAAACUAGCAACGACUUUCUACUUUGAUUUUGAAAAUAAAUUUGUUUUUAUUUCCUGAUGAUGGAAACAACACACAUACAUGUAAUUUGUAAGCUUUAUUUUUACAUCAUGAAGGCUUUUGCUUAUCCUUUGCAGGAGUGAAGCGAUUUCUGACCUUGUGAAUCAAGUUAAAGAGCUAAAACUUCAAAUUGGACUAUAA